GAGGAGGGCAUUCUGUUACAGGUCAGUUCUCCCUUAACCAUGAAGCCUAAAGGCAAGAAAUGGGCUGCUCUGUCCUGAUGGCUUGAAGUGGUUUAUAAGGUUUGGAUUCCUUUCUUAACAUUGGAUGCAGUUGUCAAAAAUUGAAGAAGACAGCAUCCCCUUAAUUAAUUUAGUGUGAAAGUAGCUCUUAUGAUAUCUCCAUUGUAACCAGUUACUGGCAAUUCUCAAUUUAAGACAGCAAGGGAAACUGGUUAUUGUGGUGUUUGGCAAGGACAUGAGCUUUUCAAAAUCACUUUUGAGUUUAUCGUAUUACUGGACUUUAAGAGUCUGUGGAGGAAAAGUAAAGGGCCUGGUUUCAAGAGAUUAUGUCCAAAGUUUCAGAUAAGGACAAGCAGCAAGUAGAAGAAUUAACCAGUGAUGAUUGUUCUUCGGAUGAGGAUCCCUUUGACCCAUGUUUAACAGAAGAGCUUGAACAGUGCACAUUUUUUGCAGAUUCCUUUUGUGAUCACAUUUUGCCACGAACCACACAGAUUUUAUUGGAAUAUGACUCAGGAAGAUGGGUGCCACGGCUUCGUGAACCUCGUGAUCUGUAUGGGUUAUCUUCUGCAGGACACCUGCAUCUAGUACGCUGGCCCCAUCAGUAUGAAGUUAUCAGAAAGAAGAUAGAGCAUAUUGACUGGACUCCCACUGAACCAGAACCAUUAUAUAACCCAACAGGUCUGGAAAUUGAGCCACUCUGCCCAGACCCUGGAGAGGGUGCUGUUGUCUAUCUAGCAGAUGAAGCUAACAAGGAUUCCAGCUUUAUGUAUUCUCGAAUAGGAGGAAGCUUCCCUUCCAAGCAGGUGCUCCCUCAAUCAUUGGAAGACUGGGACAGUACUUUAAUUUUUGAAGCACGGUUUGAAAGUGGGAACCUGCAAAAGGUGAUCAAAAUCAGUGAUUUUGAGUACCAGCUGACCUUACGCACUGAUCUGUACACAAAUAGACACACUCAGUGGUACUACUUCCAGGUCACCAACACACAAGCAGGAACACCAUAUCGUUUCACCAUCGUCAACUUCACCAAACCAACAAGUUUGUACAAUCGUGGUAUGCGCCCAUUGCUGUAUUCAGAGGCUGAAGCAAAGAUCCGCAAAGUAGGGUGGCAAAGGACAGGAGAUGCAAUCAGGUAUUACAAAAACAAUCUCGGUCAAGAUGGACGUCAGUAUUUUUCCCUCACUUGGACAUUCCAAUUCCCUCAUGACAGGGAUACCUGCUACUUUGCCCAUUGCUAUCCUUAUACUUACAGCAACCUGCAAGACUACUUGUCAGAUAUUGCCAGAGACCCAAAGAGGUCCAAGUUUUGCAAGAUCCGCAUCUUGUGCCAGUCUCUGGCUAGAAACAUUGUCUAUGUUUUAACCAUCACCAAUCCUCUGCAGGACUUCCAGGAGGAAAAGCGCAAGGCAGCUGUGAUUUUGACUGCCAGAGUGCACCCAGGUGAAACAAACAGCUCCUGGAUAAUGAAAGGCUUUCUGGAUUAUAUUCUGGGGGAUUCAGAUACUGCCCAGUUGCUCCGGGGCUCCUUUGUUUUCAAAGUUGUGCCCAUGUUAAAUCCUGAUGGCGUCAUUGUGGGCAAUUAUCGCUGCUCUUUAGCAGGUAGGGAUUUGAAUCGAACCUACAGAUCUGAUCUCAAGGAAUCUUUCCCUUCUGUUUGGUACACCCGGACCAUGAUCAAAAGAGUAAUGGAAGAGCGCAAUGUCCUCCUGUAUUGUGACCUUCAUGGUCAUAGCAGGAAAGAGAAUGUCUUCAUGUAUGGCUGUGAAAAAAAGGAGCAGCAAGAAGAUGGGACAAGCUUACGGCAACACAUUUUUCCUUUCCUUAUGAGCAAAAAUUGUCCCGAUAAAUUUUCAUUCCCAGAUUGCAGUUUCAAGAUACAGAAAGGCAAAGAAGGGACAGGUCGGGUAGUGAUGUGGAAGAUGGGCAUCAGCAAUAGCUAUACUUUGGAAGUUACAUUCUGUGGCUCUAAACUGGGCAACAGUGAUUCUCACUUUACUACAAAGGAUUUGGAAUCCAUUGGAUACCAUUUCUGUGAUUCGCUGUUAGAUUUCUGUGAUGAAAAAAAAAAUAAGUAUAAUGAAUGUCUGAAAGAACUGGAGGACAUGGUAAAACAGGAAGAUCCAGUUGCACCUAUCAAUGACACUUUCGACAAAGACUCCAGUUCUGACACUUCAGACUCCAAUGAGCCUACAGUUAAAUUAGAAAGCCAGGUAAAAUCAAGAAAGAAGUGUCUAAAAACAAAGAAGGAUAGGAUUUCCUUUCUGGAAUCAUCAGGAAAAAGACUUUCCAAACAAUCGCAUGAAGUAAUGAGUGAAGCCAAAAAACCUGAAGAUUCUUCUCAAAGAAUGUCCAAGAACCAUGAACAGCUAAUCAAAAAUGCUCAGGUUUUUCAGAAAUUAAAAUUGAUAGAACUGAAAAAAAUACAAGAAGAAAAUAAAAUUACCAAGUAUGAAAUUACCAACCCACGUUUGGAGUCUUUUCCCAGAACUCCCAGUGCUGAUAAGGAAAGCUUUACACACUUCUGGGAAUGUGAUACCGAAGAAUUUAGGAAGCUGCACAAAGACAGCAUCUGCACCAAUUCCUUCCACUCCAGUCUGAAAGGAACCUGGAGGAGUUGUUAUGAGUCAAAGUACUUAGCAAAGUUUCAGGAAAUAUUUAAGGAAACUGAUUCCAUCGUAAAAAAUUCUGUGCCAGAUGAGCCAGCUAAAUACACAGUCCAGUAUCUCAGUCAUUAUUUUCCUGAACAGGGAUUAAAUAUUGGCUGGAAUGGCCUAUCCCAACCUUUGAAGCACAUCAUCUCCCAGAGACUUUUCCUGCCUCCUGCCAUCCUGAAUCAGAUGUGCACCAUACAAAGAAGAAAUGGAGCACUUGCUGGCUGUCGGCUUCCUAGAGUAGAAAAUCUGGGGAGAGAGACAAGGACUCAACAAAGAAGUAAAUAAUUCAUUAUU